AGACAAAGAGUGUAUGUACAUGUAACUGUGGACAGUCGCGAAGUGGACGUGACGAAUUGCUUUCCGGAGCUAGUGACGGGAUGUUCCUAUUGUGAUUUAUUAGAGGGCCACGGAAUAGCCCUCGCGCUCGCUAGCUAUUUGUUCUUUUUGUAGCUGUAUAAGAGAAUAAUGUAACAUCGCGGAAAAGAUUGGGGAUACAGAUUCGCAAUUGUAGAUAAGAUGGAUGUUCACGGUGCUGGAGUAGUCGCCGUUCUGGGUACAGUUGGAGCCGCUACCGGGGCGAUCUCGGCAGUGAUUGUCUACACCAUUUGUGCACGUCGCCGACGUUUGCCACUGCUUACUUCGGUCGGAGGACCACUUAACUGGUUUGAAAGGGAUUUGCUGGACAGAGCCGAGGAAGCAGCCAGAUCGUCAAAGGACGUUUUGGUUGGUGUCACACUUUCACGUGAUAACAAAAUUACCAGACGUAGUGACAGUCACUCUGAUGACGAUGAAUGGCAAUCAGAUCAUGUAUUUGACAGCAUUGCCAGCGAUUCUCCUAGAAGAGUUAUGCAGCAUCAUCUCUCGGAAUCAGACGAUAUUCCUCCGUCUCCGAUAAGUCCGCUCGCACCACCUCUUCCGGAAGGUGCAGUGGUCGCAUCAGAGAAGCGCAUGGUAAUCGUCAGGCAGCCGCCACGAAGUAUAGAUGGAUCUCAGUCCCGAUUAAAUAGCGUCGAAAUCGUCGACUCAGCUCGACGACAUAAGCUCUCUUCAUCCUCUUCGACCUCAUCGUCUGAUGAAAUCAGAGGUGAAUUAAAACUAGGACUGAUCUACGACGCUAACGCUGGAAUACUUACUGUGAGACUUAUCGAGGCGCACGAUCUUCGUGCCCGGGAAUUGAGCGGCAUCGCAGAUCCUUAUGCUAAGAUACGUUUGCUGCCUGAUCGAAGCAACGUAUGGCAAACCACGAUACACAGGCGUACUCUGAAUCCUGUAUUCGACGAGGAUUUUGUCUUCGAAGUAUCGCCUCCAUCAUCAUUGGCCGGAAGGACAUUGGAAAUCCUGCUCUACGAUUUUGAUGCGUUCACGCGACACCGAGGUUUGGGCUACGUACAGCUUCCUCUAGGUUCCGUACCGGAUCUUGGUACAAACUUGAUGACCAUUACGAAACCAGUUCUGCGAUAUGGGGCAGAGGGUGGUUUCAAGGCACCACCUCUAGGAGAACUGAUGGUUUCUAUCUCGUAUCAGGUGUCUCUGGAAAAACUGACAAUUAUUGUCGUCAGGGCGAGAAAUUUACCUGUUCUCGACGACCCUGCGAAUGCCAACUCAUAUGUAAAGGUAUCGCUCAUUCAGGAUGGUAAGAGUCUUAAAAAGAAAAAAUCGGGUAUACAGCGUGAGACUACUAGUCCUGUAUGGAAUGAUAUCCUUAGCUUUGACAUCAGUAGCGACGUGUUACCGAAGUGUGUCUUACAAUUCUCCGUGUUACGAGCUAACGGCGAUCUUUUAGCCAAAUGCGAGGUAUCCGGCUCGUGCCAAAGAGAAUUGUUUCAGCGUGUAUUAUCUGGCAAAGGUGCUUCAGCGCAGUGGUUACCGUUGUCGGAACCAGAAGGGCAACACAGCGAUAACGGCGACUUGAAAGAUUAAGAGAAUAUAUUAAAAUAUAUGAGAAUGCAUCGUAUCGUAUAACUAUUUUGAAAUGUACGAUGAAAUGCUUCCGUAAGAAUCAAGAGUUGACCAUCUCUUCCAUUCACAAAUUGAAUAAACAAGAUAAUUCAAUAUUGAACAAACAAAACUAAUAUUCCAAAAUAUAUCUUCUUUAGAAAAUGAUGCAAAUUGAUGCGCUGGCGCCGUAUAUCUAAUAAUUAUAACUUGUAUUAUUAUAAUAUAGUAUUAUAUAUUCUUAGUUCUAGGCUUUUCUGAGAAUCGUAUUUUCAGAAUGUUUUUUUGCAUCGACACACUUCUAAGAACAUUGCAGGUUUCGUAACACGGCUUUCGACUGUAUAUAACGAUUAUACGAAUUAUUUUUAUUAACAUUUAUAGUAUAUCAUUAGCAAAUUGGCAAAAAUCAUUGCCGUAUCUAUUUUUGCUUACACUGAAUCUUAUACUGCGUAUUAUAUUUAUGAUCGAUUGUUAUAAUCCUAUAACAAUCGAAUCCGCAUAUCAAACGAUACCAAAUACGUUUUACACGUUCUUAUCAACAGCUAUACUAUAUUUUAUAUAUAUUUUUAUAUUUUACUGCGCAUGAAAGAGAAAUAAUAAUAGGAAAUUUGGUGUGCAUCCAGAAUUUUAUGUACAUCAUGAUGCAAGUAGUACUUGUAUUAUGAUGUACAUCAAACAUUUUAUGACCAUUUCCGUUCCAUACACACCAACUGAUUAACGAUGAAAUAUGACAGGAUGUUAUAUCCUAUCAAUCAUCUUAGAAAGCAUAAAAGUAUGUAAUCGAGUUGAAUUACUAUAUGAUAAACUGUAAUAAUCACACACGUUGAUUCUAUAUUAUAGUGAUAUAUAUAAAAUUGUUUUCACAUUUUGUUACACAAGACAGAUUAUAACAUAAAAAAGAAAGAUGAAUCCACCUAUGAAAGCAGGCUCUUUCAUUGAUGGAAUAAUUGUUAUUAAGAUUCCUGUUUCCUCAGUGCAAUCAUAUCGAAUUAUAUGACGAGAAUCUCAUAAACUUUUCUUGUGAAAUAUUAUAUUUAAAUAAAUUAAUUCUCACACACUAUUCACGUUUGAUAAGAUGAUUUAUAAAAAAAUCUAUUAAAAAUUAUCUCUUUUUUUUAUCUAGCACUAAAUACAGAUAAUUCAUAUAUGUAAUUCAAUCAUGUCCUAUAUCUUUAAUAAAAAUUAAUUUUACAAGUUUUUACAAGAUUUCGAGCUAUUAUAAUGAAUUUACAAAACAAAAAAAGACUAUCAAUUUAUAUUAUCAGACAAGAGUAAUGAUAUAAAAAAAAAAAUUAGUUUAUUUCAACAAAAUCGCAAGAAAACAAUUCACAAUUUCGUUUCAUAAUCCAAUAUGAUAGUAGAGGAACUAGGUUUAAACAUAAUAUAAAGCGAGAUUAAAUUGAUUAAAAAUUACCAAUCAGCACGCCGAAGACAAAAUAUAUGGUUCGAAUUGUAGUUCACUCGAUAGAUAUAUUAAAGAAAACAGACAUUCGGAUGUACAUGUGUGUAUAGCAGAAAAGAAAUAGAAAAUAAUAUAUUUUCAUCCUACAUAUAGUAUUUAUCAAACAUGUUCUGUGCAUGUUUCAUUGAUAUUCAUAUAUAUAGAGAAACAGAACAUAUAAAUAGUAAAAAGUACUAGAAAAAAAUUAAAAAAGUAUAUCUUCAUUAUUUGUGAUCGCUUUUCUAUGGUUAAAAAGAAAGUAUAUACCUCUUAUCAAAUUGUUUUAUCGUUUAUUGUACGAUGUAACUGUACAUAUAUAAAGGAAUGGACCAACACGAUCCUUGUGCUUAGUCGAAUAAACCUGUAAUCAAAUAGUGCAAUGUGAUUAAGAUAGAAAUUAAUUAUAUUUUGUUAAGUCGAUUUAAUUCUGUGUAUUCUCAUUUUGAAAUUGUCGUCAUAUGUAUUCAGCUAAUACAUGCAAUAUUAAUCAAUUAA